CGCCGGGGUGUUUUCGCGCUUUUCCGGCGUCUCCCGGCUUGGGUGAACCUCUGCAGCACCCGUAGGCCGUGGAUCUGAAAGUGCGGGUCCAAAAUGGAAGUGAAUCCCCCCAAACAAGAGCACCUGCUGGCGCUGAAAGUGAUGCGGCUGACUAAACCUACCUUAUUUACCAAUAUUCCAGUCACAUGUGAAGAGAAAGACUUACCCGGUGAUCUCUUCAACCAGCUGAUGAGAGAUGACCCUUCAACUGUAAAUGGUGCAGAAAUUUUAAUGCUGGGAGAAAUGUUGACUUUACCUCAAAAUUUUGGGAAUAUAUUUUUGGGAGAGACCUUUUCCAGUUACAUCAGCGUUCAUAAUGAUAGCAAUCAAGUUGUAAAAGAUAUAUUGGUAAAAGCUGAUCUUCAGACAAGUUCGCAGCGCUUAAACCUUUCAGCCUCCAAUGCUGCUGUGGCUGAACUUAAACCUGAUUGUUGUAUUGAUGAUGUCAUACACCAUGAGGUGAAGGAAAUUGGAACACACAUUUUGGUGUGUGCUGUGAGUUAUACAACUCAGGGUGGAGAAAAAAUGUACUUUAGAAAAUUCUUCAAAUUUCAGGUUCUCAAACCACUGGAUGUGAAAACCAAAUUUUAUAAUGCAGAGAGUGACCUCAGUUCUGUGACUGAUGAAGUAUUUCUCGAAGCCCAGAUUCAAAAUAUUACAACCUCACCCAUGUUCAUGGAGAAAGUUUCACUGGAGCCAUCCAUAAUGUACAAUGUAACAGAAUUAAAUUCUGUCAGUGAAGGUGGAGAAUGUGUGUCUACGUUUGGGCCAAGAGCGUAUUUGCAGCCAAUGGACACGCGCCAGUACUUAUACUGCCUAAAACCGAAGAAGGAGUUCGCAGAAAAAGCGGGCAUCAUUAAGGGAGUGACAGUAAUAGGAAAACUGGAUAUAGUGUGGAAAACAAAUCUAGGAGAAAGAGGAAGGUUACAGACAAGCCAGCUUCAAAGAAUGGCUCCAGGUUACGGAGAUGUUAGGCUAUCUUUAGAGGCAAUUCCAGACACUGUCAACCUUGAAGAACCUUUUCAUAUUACCUGCAAAAUAACGAACUGCAGUGAAAGGACUAUGGAUCUGGUUUUGGAAAUGUACAAUACCAGUUCUAUCCACUGGUGUGGGAUUUCAGGAAGACAGCUGGGAAAGCUGCAUCCAAGUUCCUCCCUUUGCCUUGCCCUCACUCUGCUGUCUUCAGUACAGGGACUACAAAGUGUCUCUGGCCUAAGACUAACUGACACAUUCUUAAAGAGGACAUAUGAAUACGAUGACAUCGCACAAGUCUGUGUGGUAUCUGCGGCCACUGAAGUGGAAGCCUAAAGAAAAUUUCCGAUGUUAAAUUUCAUAGAACUUUAUUUCUGUCACCUUUGUAAAAUGAGUAGCAAAAAUAAGUGCAUAUUAUUUAAAUUUCUUUCCUAUAAAACAAUUCAAACAUUAAAUAUUUGUUUUGAAAAGAACUGACUUUGCCUUGUUUAAGUGAAGUCUACAUUUAUUUCAUGUUAUUUUAGUUAAGUGUUUAAUUUUGUUUUCCAAAAGACCUGUAUUUGAGAACUUUGUUCAUAGCAAAUACAUGAAACAGCAGCCACCACACUUUUUGUGUAAGGGGAGACACAUCAAGCACCGUAGGCUUCACAGACAGACAAUUAAUUAUGCUGUCUUGGUCCAGAAGCUCCAGAAAAAGCAGCUGGCUGGAUAUAGCCGGUAGGUGAUUCGUUUGCUGACCUCAGUCAGAAUAUGCAGCUGUUUUUAGGACUUUAAAAUGUUCGUAUUCUGCCAUUUGUGGCGGCACACACCUUUAAUCCCAGCACUCGGUAGGCAGAGGUAGGAGGAUCACUGCGAGUUCGAGGCCACCCUAAGAUUACAUAGUGAAUUCCAGAUCAGCUCGAGCUAGAGUGAGACCCUACCUUGAAAGAAAAAAAAAAAUCAUAUUACUUCAUUUAGAAAUAUUUAGUUAACUCCAGCAUUUUCCCAUAGGUGCUAAAAAGUUUAAGACAAUCAGGUUGUCUUCCUGUAACAUAAUUAUAGCCUUAACAUAGAAUGAAUUUUUGUAGUUGUUUCAAAAAUUAUUGUGUAGGUCUGUGUUUGUGUGCACAUACAAACACACCAAGCAGAUACUGAACAGAUCAGAACUGGUUUUAUUUCUUUGUUUACUUUUUAAUUGUCUAGUUGUUCUAAUUGUUUAAUCUUCUCAUUCUAACCUAAAAUUCCUGGAGAUGUUCCCACUGAAAAAUAAACCACUUACUUUCCUAAUACAUAUUUAAAGGAUUCCAAGCUUUUUAUUUGAUUUUGACCCUUUAAUCAUGUAUUAAUAUUAUUAUUAUUAUAAAACUUUCUGUCUUUCCAUGUAAUCAUAUAUACUUGAACAAAACAGUGAGAAAGUUAGUUUUAAACAGUUCAUAACUGGAAUGUAACAGAUGUUUCACUAUUUGUCAAGAAACCUUUAUGCUUUUAAAUAAAACUUAUUCUACUUUGGCAGGCUGAAAUUCCACAAUAUGUAAUUUCUUCCUUUGAAGAAUAUAUUGAGUCAUUAAAAUUUGAUUUUUCUUAAAUGCAUAAUUAUUUAUUGCCAUGACAAAUUGGUCCAACAUGAAAGGUAAUAUUUGUAAGAGUUGCCCUCAAAUUAGAAUCAAAAUUAAUGAAAUAUCUGUGCAAAACAAAAUGUAAAAGCUGAAGUCUGUCUUUGCAGAUAAUUAGAAGAUUGCCUGAUGAUGAAGUAAGACCAGAGCCACUGUAUGGGAUACGUUGUUCUUCAAGCUUUGUCUUGCAAUUGAACCUGUUUCACUUUCAGACUGUAAACCAUAACUGUCACUUGUAAUCUGCUAUAUACUUUAAUUACAAAUUCUCUUCUGCUUAUAAACCAACAGUAUCAUUGACAUAGAUUGUUCAUACUCUUUAAAUAAAAGUUAGAUAAUGCCAUCUUA